UUACGUGACAUCAAUCUUCAUUGCUUAUAAAAUUGUAAUAUAGUAUUUCCUACCAAAUACAUCUCAAAGAUGAAGAAAUAGCAAGACACAAAGAAGCAGCCCCUCAUCCUCCUCCAGGCUCCAUGUCCAUGGCCUCCAAACCCUCUGGAGAACACAUUCUCCACAGAUUGAAGGCUUUAGCAGAACAUUUCCGCACAAGCAAUUCUUCUCAAUCUCUGCCCUCGCUGCCACCAACUCCGGCAGCAGCUCAACUCACCAACCGUGCUGCUGUUCUCAUCUGCCUCUUCCUAACCGACAUUGGCGAGCUCCGCGUCAUUCUCACAAAGCGAGCCUCUACGCUUUCUUCCCACUCUGGGGACGUUGCACUCCCCGGCGGAAAAAGGGAUGUGAGUGACGCCGAUGAUGUUGCGACGGCAUUGAGGGAGGCAGAAGAGGAAAUUGGAUUAACCCCUUCUCUUGUUAACAUCAUCACUGUUCUUCAACCAUUUGUUAAUAAGAAGGGUAUGACUGUAGUUCCUGUCCUUGGCCUAUUAUCUAGCAAGGAAGCAUUCAAUCCAACUCCAAAUGCUGCUGAAGUAGAUGCAGUAUUUGAUGUUCCCUUGGAAAUGUUCCUUAAGGAUGAGAAAAGAAGAGCAGAGGAGAAGGAAUGGAUGGGAUAUAAUUAUCUACUACACUUUUUUGACUACGAAUGUGAGAACGAAAAGUAUGUGAUCUGGGCUCUGACUGCUGGUAUCUUGAUCAAGGCAGCUUCCUUAGUGUUCGAGCGGCCACCUGCCUUUCUGGAGCGGCCACCCAGAUUCUGGAGUGCUUCUGCUAAUAGCAGCAAAACUUCAUAUGCGCAGCAGUGAAGGUAUUUUUUGUAUGCCUGUUGUCAUUUUGUAGGGAGGAGAAAAAUAUUAUGCUAAGAUUGAGCAACUAUUAAUGCAUCUUGAGCCAUAAAACUGUAAUUCUUCACUUUUAGCUGUAGCUAAUUACAGCAUUUAGCUAGCAGGUCAAUUUCUGUGUUAAAAAAUGGUGUUCCAUAUUGUUCGAUUGCUUAAUGCUUACAUUGUAAUUCGAUAAGGUUAUGUAUAGGAUUUAGUUGCUGAAAUCCUAUACAUAACUAUAAAUCCUAUACAGCAUUUACGAACAGGGUUUCUCUAUUAGUUAGUGUUGGCUCUUUCUCGAGACAGCACUGCAGAAACUUAUUUCUUCUAAGCUAUGCAUCCAGAGUAUGAUGUACUUCCA